GGCGCUAUGGGAGGUUAUAUAUCGAGUUGAUUCCGAUUUGUGGUGUUUAGUUAAUAUUAGACCACACGUAUUAUAAUUACCCACAAUGAAACACAAGUAGAAUAAACAACGUGACUUAAUAUCUGUGAUAAAUCUAUCCUCACGGCAUUCUUCGCUUGUACUCCCCAAUAGCGUUUUACAAGGUGAAUUUUAAUUAACUAAAGAAAUUCGGAAGUUCCUUUUUUAAAAUGGAAAGAAAAGAAGGUAACUUUAAUGCAGAGGUUAAAAUUACUUCCGCUACAGAAGAACAAACUGAGAUGACACGAAAAGAACCUUUCUGGGUUUUCGGGUAUGGAUCUCUUUGCUGGAACCCAGGAUUCGAAUUUCAGCAGUCAGUUACUGGAUACGUGAAAGGAUUUUCUAGAAGAUUCUGGCAAGGGAAUACUACCCAUAGAGGCACCGAAUCAAAGCCUGGACGUGUCGCAACACUAAUAGAAGAUAAAGAGGGAAUAACAUGGGGAAAGGCCUUUUUAAUCGCAGCCGAAGACAACGCCGCGCUACCAUACCUGUCAACAAGGGAAUGCCAACUAGGAGGAUACCGGAUUUACACAGUCAACUUCCAUCCCAAACCUUUAUUCCUACCUUCCUCUAGUCGCAGUUCCACUGACAUUAAUCACAAUUCGAUAGACAAGAAGGAUGCUCUACUUUACAUAGCUGUCCCAGAAAAUAGACAUUGGCUGGGUUCGGCACCUUUACCGGAAAUAGCAACACAGAUUUUAGAAUGCCGUGGUUCAUCCGGUUCGAACGUUGAAUACCUCUUACGGUUAGCUGAUUUCAUGCGGGAUGAAAUUCCCGAAGCCUUGGACGAGCAUUUAUUCUCCUUAGAAAGACUGGUCAAGAAAUUCGCGGCUGAUAUGAAGAUAUGCCUGAAAACUCUUAUGAGUGAUGUUGAAAAUGAGAAAGCUGAGGAAAGUAAGCCGGAAGCCAAAGCAGUGGUGCCUUCCUUCCAAUUCGCUUCACGGAUUCCUGACAAGAAAUUGCGUUGUGUUAAUAUGUGAUUUCCGAUCGUAGCUUGAAAUAGUGCAUCAAUAGUUAUACGAGGAAUUUGAUGACUGAAAGUAGUCUUAUUGAAUUGACUUUUAUCAGAGCAGCUAAUCCCUCUAUUUGGCGCAAAUGCUAUAUCACGCAUUAUAUUUCGCUAAGAUGAAACAGAUUGGAAAUCUAUAAACAGUAAUGCUCUAACCUUCCAAGGCAUAUUAGCUUACAAGAUCAAACUGACUUGGUGAUAUGUGAUAUCAUCCGUGACAAUUAUCUUUUCGCGUUGGUCUCACUGACUUCUGACUGUGCUUUAAUGAGUUAAGAUAUUCCUCGUGACCUAACGUGACCAUGGUUGACUGACCGUAGGAAUACGAAAAGAUACGACCUAAUGAAGUUAGAAUACGCUGUGUAGAAGAUGGAAAGUACUGACCUCAGGAUUAAUAUAAGGUAUAUUUUAGACUAGGUUAACAUCGUUUAAUGCAUGCGUUUUGACGACACUGGGGGACACGUCUUUGCUGGCGAAGACGUUGAUAGUAGCAUCCCCUGAAACUGUGACAGAGCUACGCUAACAUUCGGACAGUAUUUCCUCGAAUAUAAGGUGAACCCCAAACGAAAUUUUUGACUCUUAUUUUGUUUGUACAUUCAAUUUGUAAGAAUUUUGUAAGUUUAACAAAGAUUUUACUAAAUUUUUUAUAAAAAUUAUCAAAAGAAAUAAUUUUAGAUUGAUUAGAUAUGUUAACUCACUUUAUCACAAGAGACGCUAGUGCCGCACACGACGUUACGCGUUUGUAGGUACAGAAAGUGCAAAUGACGUCAGCAGUAAGUAAAAACAGGAAGACCUCGUCGCUUCCAAUAUAGUCGAAUUGUUGAAUGUCAAAAAUUAGUUGCGUUAGCCUUUUAACCUUCUUGAAUAAAGAGGUUAUCUAAUUAGUAAAGAGUUUUUCGAAUCGGACUUAAAGUUCCUGAGAUUAUCGUGUUCUUAACAUAUGAACGCACUGUAUAAUAAGUAUAUAGAUUAUUAAUAUAUUUUAUUUUUAAUAAUAUUAUAUAUCAAACAAAUGCUUAGCGUUAAUACCCCAUCUAUUGUUCACAAUUGAUUUCAAAAUAGUCAGGAAUGUUUUGAUUUCGUAUCGACACGGUUUGAUAACAGCAACGUGGCUUUGAAUAAACCUUUGUUAUUUAAUUGAUUAUGUUCACGAUAUAAAUUGACGUUGUAUAACCAACAAUUCAUAAAAGUGCAUAUAGCCGGAUUCUGCAUGGUUUAGCUUGAAUCAUUUGUAAUUAUGACUAAAACAGAUUUCACCGGUGAAGCCAUAAGUUAGCUGUAAUUUUUGGAUAGUUUAUUUUUUAUUCCACUACAGGUUAGACCUUGACUGCAAUCUCAUCUGGAGUAAGUUUGAGAUGAUAGCGGACUAACCAUUUAAGGAGCAUGGUAGUCAUACUCCCUAAUCGGUUUCUAUACGACAUCAUACCGGAACACUAAAUCGCAUAGCGGCACGUCUUUGUCGGUAGGGUGGCACUAGCCACGGUCAAAGCCUCCCGCCAGACCAGACCAGAGAAAUAAAAAAAUCCCAAAAUGCCUCUGCUAGGAAUCGAACCUUUGGGACCUUCUACUUACUUAAAUUCAAAGCGCACACUGUUGCGCCAGAGAGGUCGUCAAAAUUUAUCGUUAAUAAACAAUUACUCUCGUAGUUCGGCCCAUGUGCACUAAGCCUCAAUGAUUGUAUCUAAGAACUUUACUGACUAUAGAAAAGCGUAAUAACGUGGUCGUAUAUAAAUAAAAAUUAUGAUUUUUGGCCUACUCGUGCAAAGUCGUGUUUAGUCGCUAGUUUAUAGAUUUAAAUUAUUAUCCCAGCAGCAUGCGUAACCCCAGAUUAGAUAGCUUAAUUACAAUUUGAUUUAUUCAGUUCUUACUUGAUCUGUGAUAAAUUUAUAAGUAUCCAAGUCUUUGACGGAAUCUAGUGGCAAAUUAUUGCUCAUAAUAUGAUCAUCAAUAGCCAUUAGUCCACUGAUGGACUAAUGGCCUAAUGGCCGCUGGGCUGACGCGUAAGUGUAGGAACAGGAAAGCACUACUUCAAUUUAAUAGUGCUAUCUUUAUCUAAAGCAAAGUGUACCAAAAUGAUAGCAAUAGAAAUUCAAUCUCCCAUCUGACGAUUUUCUAAUAGAUUGUUUAUUAAUUUCGAAAGUAAAUCGACAGGUCUUAAAAAUAUCCAUAUAAAAAAGGAAUAAUUUAUUUUUUUAAUUUAUUUGUUCCUCCUUCCCCGUUCUGCCACAGAGUAGCGAGACACCGUGAGCGGUGGCAUCCUUAUGUGGUUGAUAUUCCAUCAAC